CGAUCAUAUCGAUGCGCAGGUAUGGUACGGCGGCAUGGCAUGGUAUAUAUACCGCACCACAUGGCCAUUCAUUCACCAGGCAAGGCAGACAUGGAAGGAUCGAUGCAGAUCACCAACAGCCUACCCAACACCACCCCAGCAGCCUAAUACUCCCAAGUAAUCAGGGUGCUUGCGUGCAUUGCUUCCUUCCGAUCCGAUCCGAUCCUUAGGCGGCGGCGGCGGCGGCGGCUGCAACCAGCACAGCACAAGACAGCUAGCCGGUGAUGGAUACGAUGAUGAUGAUGAUGAACGAGAAGCGGCUGCCGACCAUCAUCAGCUGGUUGACGAUCAUCUUAUUGGUCGCGUUCGGCCCGGCGGCGGCGGAGGCGACGGCCCCCGCCAGCACGGUGGUCGCCGGCAUGGUGUUCUGCGACCAGUGCAAGGACGGCGCCCGGGGCCUCUUCGACUACCCGCUCUACGGCGCUCGCGUCGCCAUCCAGUGCGGCGGCGGCGACACCCCGCUGACCGUGCGCGAGAGCAACACCAACUGGUUCGGCGGCUUCUCCAUCCGCAUGGAGGGCUCCCCGGACAUGAACCGCUGCACCGCCCGCGUCGUCCAGGGCACGGGGCACUGCGGCGCCGCCACCGCAGGCGCGCCGAGGGAGCUCACCCUCGCCUUCAGGAUGCUCGGCCUCGCGCUCUACACCGUGCCGCCGCUGCUCUCGCAGCCAGAGGAGGCCAUGGACUUUUGCCCCGGACGAGACAGGCGCACUAGGCCUCCUCCUCCUCCUCCUGCAGCCGCGCGUUGGCCUUGGCCGGCGGCGGCUGCCCCGGCGCCCGCUCCUCCGCUCCCGCCCUUCUGGCGCAGGAGGCGCCUGCCGCCCAUCUGGCGCAAGCCGCCAACGUCGUUGCCGCAGCAGCAGGACCAGCCGCAGGUGCCGCCGCCGCCGCAGGUGCUCCCUCCUCCUCCUCCUCCUCCGGCGCCAGCGCUGCAGGGAUCGGCCUGCACCUACGAGCAGUGGGCGUCGCCGGAGCAUCGUUGCCACUGGAAGGUGGUGACCCCCAACACGACGGUGGCCAUGGCGCUCGGGCCCCUGGCGGCGCAGCGGUACGGCUCGGAGCUGACGCUGCGGGACGCGCUGGAGGGGCGCGGCGACAUGUACCGGACGCUGCUCCGGGAGGCCACGGCGGCGCUGCUCAACGCCUACUACAACGCCCCCGGCGGGCCCUUCCUGUACCCGACCACGGCCAGCGUCAUCGACCACAUGAACGGCGCGCUGCUCAGCUCCACGCAGAGGGUCCUCAUCGAGGGGGCGCGCUUCCGCAGGGCCAACGCCGGAGGCGGAGGCCCAGCCGGACGGACAAGGCUGCCGUGCGUCUUGACGCCCUGCUGCUGUGCCGCGCCGCCUCCCGCGCCCAGGAGCUAGCAGCUAUGCUCUGCUCUGCUCUGCUCGUUGAUCUACUUACCACUAGCUAGCAGUACCAAUUGCAAUGCAGAGAGGGAUAGAUUGAUGCAAUUACUAGCUAGUCACGACUUGCAUGUUGUUCGUUUCAAUUGUCGUUCCAGCACACCACCAAUGUCUGAGUCAUCAGACUGGAAGCUCCUUCUUCCUUGAUAGAUGUAUGUUGCUGACCCUGCAAGCAAGGGAGCACUCACUGAUCUAUCUAUCUAUCUAUAUCUAUAAUAGCAUGAGAUCGAUGAGA